GGAGCAGAACUUUUGUUCUAAAUUUCGAAGAAAUGGUUAAUGAAUCUCUCGUGGAAUAUACACAUCCAUCCGCUCUCAACUUAAUAAAUAAAUUUCAAAAAAAAAAAAAAACACACUAAAUAAAAAUAAAGGUUUUAAAAGAAAAGAAAAACUAAAAAUAAAAAUACAAAUCCCUCUCUCUCUCUCGUUUUAUUUUAUGGAGUAUAAUUAUAUUCAAAGACUUGAAUCUCUUUUCACUCUCACUUGGUCUCUCUGUGUCCUCGUCGCCAAUUCUCACUCGUCUCUCCAAAAUUCGCUUGUCAUCUCCUUCUCGUCAUACUCAUUUUCUCCGCAUUCGUAUCUGUCCUUCUCUACUCCGCAAAUCAAGUGCCUUCAAUCAGGAAUGGCCACGCAAACUGAGAGUCCUCCUCCAGCUCCGAGUGCUCAAGUGAUUGGAAAUGCUUUUGUUGAGCAGUAUUACCAUAUUCUCCAUCAUUCCCCUGAGCUGGUUCACCGAUUUUACCAAGAUACAAGUAUGUUGAGUCGACCGGAUCUUAAUGGUCUCAUGACAACUGUGACAACCAUGAAAAGCAUAAAUGACGAGAUAUGUAACUUGGACUAUAAGAACUACAAGGCAGAGAUCAAAACUGCUGAUGCUCAGAAUUCUUUUAAGGAGGGUGUCAUAGUCCUUGUGACUGGGUGCUUGACUGGAAAGGACAACAUGAGAAGGAAAUUCACGCAGACAUUUUUCCUUGCUCCUCAAGACAAGGGGUACUAUGUUUUAAAUGAUGUUUUCAGAUACGUGGAGGAGAGCAAAUCAGAUGUUGUCUCGGAGGUGGCUACUGUAGCUGAUGACACCCCAUCAAGUACUUUGACACAAGAUCCAGAACCUGCGCAGGUGAUUGAUCCCCCCAAAGCAGAAAAUAUAACUCAUGCUGAGGAAACUAAAACUUUUGAGGAGAAAGAGAAUGACCAAGUGAUUGCCGAGAGAGUAGCUAGUCACCCUAGAGACAUUGUGGUGGAAGCUGAAUCUUGUUCAAAUGAAAAUCAUGCAUCAGUAGCAGAAGAACCAAUUACUUCUGCAUCUCAAGAGGAUGCUCCAAAAAAGUCAUAUGCUUCAAUAGUUAGUUCACAAACAAAGAAGGGACCUGCCAAAGUUUAUGUUCCUACUACAACAAGAGUAGCAUCUACAAAGACUGAGCAACAAUCAAUUAUUCCUGCUGUUGAAGAGGCUUCAGUUUCUGAAGCAUCAGAUAACCGUGCAACUGUUAAUGCCCCAGAAAGUGAUGAUGCUCAGGAUGAAGUUGAAGGUCAUUCUAUAUAUAUACGGAAUUUGCCUCUAGAUGUGACUGUUGCUCAGCUUGAAGCCGAAUUUGCAAAAUUUGGACCUAUUAAGCAGAAUGGGGUCCAAGUCCGCAGUAAAGAGCUACAAGGAUUCUGUUUUGGCUUUGUUGAGUUUCAAGAAUUCAGCUCCAUGCAAAGUGCAAUCAAGGCUUCUCCUAUAACUAUCGGGGACCAUCAAGCUACCGUGGAGAUAAAGAGAACUACGACUCGAGUUGGCAGCGGGAGGGGCCGUUUUAGUUCGUCAAGGGGAGGCUUUCGUAAUGAGAACUUUAGAGGUCGUGGCAACUUCAGUGGUGGUCGGACCUAUGUGAGGAGUGAUAGCAUCAGGGGUCGAGGAAGUUUCAGUGGUGGGAGGGGCGGAGAAGGCUACCAUCAACAGGGAAGAGGACGAGGCAGCCGUCGUAGCGGUCCAAAUCAGAAUGUGAAUGUAGCUUCAACGUGAAUUGGAAUGUGAGAUGUAUGGGUGGCAAUUUUGACAGUUUCCGUUGCCUGAAACAUCAGAUAUUGGUAGUCAUUUGACUCAAUUUAUAUUAAUCAUAGUCAAUUUUCUUCUUUGA